CCGUAAAAAGCAACCCAGGGAAAAGGAACUCUAGCGAUACUUACACUGAAGCUGGAAGGCUAAGUUACAGCUGGCAGAAUCGGAUCAUCAUUGCUAAGAAAGCUAUUAAGCUUUUGGUGGAUAAGAUGCUUCCCUUUAUGUGUUUACUGUCUGAAUUGUUCUUCCUUUGGGCCACAGCUCAGAAGUCACAGCCCAUGUUUACUAGUAUCACUGAGAGUGUUCUUAUGCCAGACUAUGACAAUAAUCCUACGCAGCUGAACUAUGGAGUGGCCAUCACUGAUGUGGACAACAAUGGUGACUUUGAAAUUAUUGUGGCAGGGUAUAAUGGACCUAACUUGGUGCUGAAAUAUGACAGAGAACAAAGAAGGUUAUACAACAUUGCAACCGACGAUAGACGGUCUCCUUAUUAUGCUCUGCGCGAUCGUCAAGGGAAUGCAAUUGGAGUCACGGCUUGUGACAUUGAUGGUGAUGGCUUGGAAGAGAUCUAUUUCCUCAAUACAAACAAUGCAUUUUCAGGUCUGGCCACUUAUGCCGACAAGCUUUUUAAAUUACGGAAUGGACGAUGGGAGGAUGUUUUAAGUGAUGCAGUCAAUCAAAACAGAGGUGUAGCUAAUCGUUUUGCUGGACGGUCAGUUGCCUGCAUUGAUAGAAAGGGCACUGGCCGAUACUCGAUCUAUGCUGCCAACUAUGCUAGUGGAAAAGUGGGACCUCACACACUAAUUGAGAUGGAUGAAGCUGCGAGUGAUGUGGGGAGAGGAGUUAUUGUGCUCUCUGAUGUCGCUGCUGAAGCAGGAGUGAACAAAUACACAGGUGGACGUGGGGUAACUGUUGGACCCAUCCUAAGUCAGAGUGCAUCAGACAUCUUCUGUGACAAUGAGAAUGGUCCAAACUUCCUAUUUCGCAACAAUCUGAAUGGCACCUUCACGAAUGUGGCAGCUGAAACUGGUGUUGAUGACCCAAAUCAGCAUGGCCGUGGAGUGGCACUGGCUGAUUUUAAUAGAGAUGGAAAAGUAGACAUUGUAUAUGGGAACUGGAAUGGGCCCCAUCGACUUUAUCUUCAAAGCAGUGUGAAUGGAAAACCUAGGUUUCGGGAUAUUGCUAGCCAAAAGUUUGCCAUGCCUUCCCGAAUUCGUACAGUCAUUGCUGCUGACUUUGACAAUGACCAAGAGCUUGAGGUCUUCUUCAAUAACAUCGCUUACAAUGGUGCCUCAGCUAACCGUAUAUUCAGGAUCACAAAGAAGGAAUACUCUGAUCCUUUAAUUGAGGAGCUCAAUAUUGGAGAGGCUGCAGAGCCUGAAGGCCGAGGUACAGGUGGUGCGGUGACAGACUUUGACGGGGAUGGCUUGCUGGAUUUGAUCUUGUCUCAUGGAGAAUCGAUGGCACAGCCUUUGUCGGUCUUUAAGGUGAACCAGGGUUCUGGUAACAACUGGAUGCGCAUAAUACCACGCACAAAGUUUGGUGCCUUUGCACGUGGAGCUAAGGUAGUGCUUUACACAAAGAACAGUGGCCCACACCUGAGGAUUAUUGAUGGUGGGUCAGGUUAUCUUUGUGAAAUGGAACCAGUAGCACACUUUGGACUUGGGAAAGAUGCAGCAGUCAGUCUAGCGGUCACUUGGCCUGAUGGGAAGUUCAUGAAUCGAGCAGUUGCUGAGGCAGAAAUGAACACGGUUGUUGAAGUUCCAUACCCUCAGGAGGGGGAGGAGUUGAAACAAGUUCUAGAAGAAGACGGGAGUAGGGCACUUAAGCAAGCAGAACUUGAGUGUGGACGAGGAUUCAGUCUGAAUGAAAAUGGCCAAUGUGCAGACACCGAUGAGUGCAUUCUUUUCCCUUUCGUAUGCCCCAGAGAAAAGCCUGUCUGCAUCAACACCUAUGGGGGUUAUAAAUGUCGCCAUAACCGGAGGUGCACCCAGGGGUUUGAACCCAAUGAAGAUGGAACAGCCUGUGUAGCUCAGAUAGCCUACUUUGGGAAAGAAUCAUCUAGCUGUCGAAUCUCAAUUUCUGUGUUCCACUCUUCUCUGCUUCUACUAGGACUUAUUGUAUGUCUUCAGCUCUGGACUUGCUAAAAUUCUGUGUGCUGACAGAGACCGUCUACAGUGCUCUGACACAUGCUGGCACUUUCCUUAUUUGCUGUCUCUCUCUGUCUUGCAAAAAAAAAACUUGUCUAAAACUGCAACUGUUGUGCAGCAGAAAAAAACUGUAAACUGGGCACUACUCAAUUCUAUUGCAGCCUGCAGCCAUCUUUAAGAUGAAUCUGGAUACAAGUGAUACCAGAACUGCUUUUAUAUAUAACUUUUUGUUGGCAUGCUGCUAUCUUUAAAGGUGAUUUGGAGAAUAAGAAGACAGUUCAGCAUAUAUCGUUUUUGUUUGUGCGUUUUCCCAUUCAGUGGAAAUGUGAUUUUUUUUUCUUAAUUCAAAGGUGAUACAUUCUCAGCAGCUUGGUUUGGAAAUGUGACUUCCAGCUUAAUUAGGUAGGUCUGUACUACUUUUGCUGUAGUUUUCUGAAUUUCAAGUCCAAAACAGAACUGUGUGAUGGAUUUUCAUAGAAUCAGAAAUGUAUAACAAUUGUCUUCUAAUCUAUGUUUAACAAACAGCAAAAUUACUGUGUAAAUGGUUUUCACUCAUGUUGCAUUUCCAUGUUUAAGCAACAACGUCCGAGUACAGUUCUUUAUAGACCUACUUAAUUAUUAACCAUGGAGGACAAACACAAAAUUGUUACUUGUACUCUUUCUGGCUGCUGCAGCACUUUGCUGGCAAAAAGUUGUGGUCUUUGGCAUGGCAAUCACUGUAAAGAAUAAACAGAGCUGUGAAAAGA